AUGUCCUCCUCAAGCGCGAAAAUCACCCUGAAUACCCCUGCCGACUGGAUCCUAUGGAUCGACCAGCUGCAGUCGAAGGCCAAGUCCUACGACCUCUGGCGAUAUAUCGAUCCCCAGCGCCCAGGCGCCUUAAACACGGGACAAACGCGUCUCGAGCGGCGGAUGGAGCGGCCGAAGCGCCCCGAAAUAUACGAUCACCCCAAGACCGGCAAAGCCGAAGUGCUAAACGAAGACGCCGACUACGAAACGCGCGCACAAGCGCUAGAGGAGCUCUCGGCAGCCAAUCUCGCCCUGUAUAAGGAACGUCGGUCUGAAUAUAUGGAGCGCUCCAAGACCCAUGAAGCCGCGGACCGCGCACUGGACCGCUGGGUCUACGCGUUGAAGGAACGCGUAGGGAUAACCACUCGUAAGAGACGCACCGCCGCGAGCGAAGCAUAUAAGAGAGCGCUCCAGAUACCGGAGCGGAAGCGACUUGCAACGAAGAAAGAGCUGGAAGAGUGGCUUACGAAGUGGGAAGAAUCAAUCCACGAAGCAGCAGCGGCGGGCGUCCCGGGUACCGAGCUCCCCAGUAUAUGGUUCCCGGAAUUCACCUACGCCGUGAGCCACAGCUACGCCGAUACAUGGAUCUUCUCAUACCAGACCGUCAAGGACGAACGCGUCGAAAGCGAGAAACUGAGCGUUGGAGAAGUCCUGUCAGACGCGCGGCGGUUCCUAUAA